UUCCUCCUCCUCCUCCUCCUCCUGCUGCUGCUGCUCCUCCUCCUCCCCACCUCAUCUCAGCCAUCACUAUCUCCUACCGACCAUCAAGCUCUGUUUAACAUCCGUCAAAACCUCUUCGACCUCCCAGGCUCCACCUUCUUCUCCUCCUGGGACUUCUCCUCAGAUCCCUGCAUCAGCUUCUCCGGCGUCACCUGCUCCCCCGACGACAACAACAUCAAUCUCCUUCGCAUCUCCGUCCUCACCCUCGGCACCGGCCUCACAGACUCCCCCGGCCUCGGAGGCAUCCUCCAUCCCUCCAUCUCCAAUCUUACUUCCCUUACAGAACUCAUCAUCUUCCCCGGCCGCAUCUCCGGCGAACUUCCUUCUAACCUCGGCUCCUCUCUCCCCCUGCUCCGCCUCCUCUCCAUCUCCUCCAACCUCCUCCUCGGCCCCAUCCCACCUUCCCUCUCAAACCUUCCUUUCCUCCAUACCCUCGACCUCAGUCAAAACCAGCUCCAAGGCUCCCUCCCUCCCCCUCUCUUCACCUCCAACCCCAGCCUCAAAGUCCUCAUCCUCGCCUACAAUGGCGGUCUCUCCGGCUCCAUCCCAUCUCAACUCUCCUCCUCCCCCAACCUUCUCCACCUCGACCUCCGCGGCAAUUCAUUCACCGGCCCCCUGCCCCCUCUCCCUCCCACCCUCCGCUUCCUCUCCGUCGCCCUCAACUCCCUCUCCGGUCCCCUUCCCCCCACCUCCCCUGCUCUUGAGUUCCUCGACCUCUCCAACAAUGUCUUCUCCGGCGAAAUCCCACCGGCAAUCUUCUCCCUUCCCAUGCUCUCCUCCAUCCUCCUUAACUCCAACAACUUCUCUGGAAGCUUAUCCCUCCCAUUUUCCUCCGACACUCCGCCUAAAUGGGCGGUGGUGGAUGUCAGCCACAACUCGCUCGCCGGAGAGCUUCCGGUUGGUCUGGCUGCCGCCUGUAGUCUAUAUCUAAACGACAACCAUUUUACAGGUUCGGUGCCGGUAGAGUACAUGGAGAGCCUUUACAAUGGAAGCAUGAGUACUCUCUACGCUCAGAAUAAUUUCCUCAGGGCAUUCUCGCCACCACCGGAUUCGGUCGGAAUCGAGGUUCCGGCCUCUGUUUCGCUCUGUCUCUCUUACAACUGCAUGGUGACUCCAUCAAUGGCCACCACCGGCUGCCCGGCCGGCGUGCGAGCUCACCUCUCCCGACCAGCUUACCAGUGCACAGUGAGACGGCCGUGGCAGCGUCGGUGAGCGGUGGUGACUGAAGAUAAGUUCUCCCAUUAUCAAAAAAAAAUUUAGAACUGUGAAACUUUGCUGGAAUAAUAGAAUUCAGUACUAAAAAUAGCAAUAAUUCAGCACUGUCGCCUUUGAUCUGUGGAGAGCAGCAAUGAUGAAGAACAGGGCAUUAAUAAUGGCAAUGUUUCUGAGGCUGCCAGCCAUGGUUGUUUGGAAGCAAGCAAAGAAAGGGCGCUCGUUUGGGCGCCGUCACAUCGUUUUGAAGUUUGAAUCUCUUUGUUUUGAUCUUUCUUUUAUAUAAAUAUCACUAUUCCUUAUCCUAAAUUUGGACUUCAG